AUGCCUACUAAAAAGCGAUCACACUCUUUGCAAUCUCCAAAGGCGGUAGAUACCUUGAUCCAUAAUCGAGAAGCAGUAGUUGCUGAUAUUUUAAGGUUAAAGGCAAAUUUACUAGAAGGCAUUGUUUCCAAAAGCCCUAGUGAACUAGAGUGUAGAUUGGAAAUACUUGACUCUUACAUUGACAAAGCGAUGCAAUACCAGAGCAAAAUAUUUGACCUGGAUCCUACUGAUGACUAUAGGGCUGUUUUAGAAAAUGUUUGUGUUUCAACUAAGUCCUUGUUUUUACAAAAGUUGAAAAAACAUCGCCUUGUUAGCGCCCCUGCAAUCUCGCACCACUGUGGUCGACCGCAAUUGAAGUUGCCAAGCAUGCGACUACCAAAGUUCAGCGGCAAAUACUGUGAUUAUAAAAAUUUCAUUAGUUUGUUUGAAAGCCUUGUUCAUAGUGAUGAAACUCUUACGGACAUUGAAAAAUUCAACCAUUUACUGUCAUGUUUGUCAUAUGAAGCUUUUGGUACUGUGAAGGCCUUUCAAGUCACUGAGAGGAAUUAUCCAAAAGCGUUAGCCAGUCUUAGGAAGGUGUACGACAACAAUUAUCUCAUUUUUUCCGACAACAUUAGCAAGCUUUUCGAUCUCCCAGCAAUUUACAAACCGUUUGCUGCAACUUUGCGCACUACAAUCGACACUGUGUCUGCCAUCUAUGAUUCCCUUCUUUCAAUAGGAGAUGCUAAGAAUAUCACCAAUGCAAUUCUUAUUCAUUUAGUCAUGCAAAAGGUGGAUUCAGUCACAAAAUCAAAAUGGGAAGAACAGCUGGACUACAACACUUUGCCAUUAUGGAGUGACUGUGAAGCAGCGCUUAAUAAAAGGUUCCAACAUCUAUCAGCGGACGAGACCUCUUCUACAAAGCAUAAAAAAUCAGUGCCAGAGUGUGACCAAAAACCCGGUGUUAAACGGGACAAACGCAGCUUUAAAUCCUCCUUUGCCUGCAACAAGCUGAAUCAAUCCAAUGAUCCCAAAUGCGUAUAUUGUAUGUCUAAUAUCCAUAUGAUAACGAAGUGUACAUCAUUUGCUGAAUUGCCUGCGUCACAACGGUUCGACGCAGUCAAGGCAAUUCCAGCGUGCAUAAACUGUUUAAAAAAAGGGCAUUCUGUUUCAGCAUGUAAAUCAUCACGUUGCAGAGUGUGUGCAGGACAACAUCACACACUACUGCACAAAUACACUCCAAUUAUCCCUCACGCAACUGUAAGUUCUGAUUCCGAUCGCGUUUUUGUAAAUCAUAGUGCUACUAAUUGCGACCAGGUAAUUUUGGCGACAGCACUAGUUACUGUAAAGAGUAAGUCUGGAGAGUACCGAACAGCCAGAGCCUUACUUGAUUCCGGUUCUCAAACAAAUUUUAUGACCGAGGAGCUUGCACAACUAUUGCAGUUAAGAAGGGAAGAUGGAUGCCUUACUUUAAUUGGAAUUGGUAAGAUUAAUACCACAGUUAAGCAUAAGUUACAUGCGACUGUGAGAUCGCGAGUCAAUUCUCAUGAAUUCUCAGCCGAUUUUUGGGUAUUGCGAACAAUAUCCACCUACCAACCAAAUCAUAAUAUCUCUACCGCCAAUUGGAAGAUUCCGGCAAACAUUGACCUUGCUGAUCCAUAUUUCUACAAGUCACAAAGAAUUGAUCUUCUUCUUGGUGCUGAAACGUUUUUCGAACUUCUAUCAGUCGGACAAAUAAAACAAAGUCCGAAUCUCCCCACGCUGCAAAAAACAUUACUCGGCUGGACUGUGUUUGGAAAAUAUCAAAGCAAUAGAAAUGUUGAGCCCCAUGCUAAUGCCUUAACUGUUUCACAAGAUGAUGACACUGUAGUUAGCUCAUUGUUACAAAAAUUUUGGGAACUUGAAGAAAUUCCCAAUAGUGAAAAAACCGCCACGCUCAUACCUGAGCACAAACUUUGCGAGGACAAAUUCUUGUCGUCAGUGCAACGCUUACCAUCGGGGCGAUUCAAAGUUUCUCUUCCUUUCAAGUCUGAUUCCAGCAACCUUGGGCUAUCAUUUGAGACAGCUAAGCGUCGUUUCUUGUCACUAGAGUGUAGACUUUCUAAAGAUGCUGCUCUGCAUGAUUUAUAUAUGGACUUUAUGAAAGAAUACGUAAAUCUAGGUCCCAUGACUUUAUCAACUCGUAACUUUUCUGUAUCUCCCCACUACUUCAUACCACAUCAGUGCGUAUUAAGACCACAAAGUACAUCAACAAAACUUCGUGUAGUCUUCGAUGCUUCUUCGAGAACAUCAACUCCACUGUCAUUAAACGACAUAUUAGUGGUGGGUCCGACGAUACAAGAAGAAUUGUACACAACGUUGCUUCGUUUCCGUAUGCAUAAAUAUGCAUUAACUGCUGAAAUUACUAAAAUGUACCGUCAAGUUUUGAUUGACGAGGCAGAUCGCGCCUUUCAACGCAUUCUGUGGAGGGAAAGUCCAAACGAAGAAUUGAAGACUUACCAAUUGAACACUGUGACAUACGGAACAUCAUCUGCACCAUUUUUAGCAACUCGAUGUUUACGCCAUCUAAGUGAUCUUAAUCAAUCAACGCUUCCAAUUGGUUCCAAUGACGAUAAGCAGUUGAAAAAAUCAUUGAAUAUAACCGAUAUUGAUACAACGAAAGCACUAGGCAUACAGUGGCAUACCACAAAAGAUGUAUUUAAGUUUCAGUUGGACGACACUUACCUAAAUUUGCGUGCAACAAAAAGAAAUAUCUUAUCGAUAUCAGCUCGUCUAUUCGACCCCCUUGGCUUAUUAUGCCCAAUUGUUGUGAAAGCAAAAAUUUUAUUGCAAGUGCUGUGGUUACAGAAACUUGACUGGGACGAAUCCAUACCCAUGCGUCUUGACACUGCUUGGCAGGCCUUUAAGAAUGAUUUGAAACAGUUAAACUUAAUUUCAAUUCCGCGGUAUGUUAAUUUGCAUUUUAAAGUUAAAUGCCAAAUUCAUGGUUUCGCUGAUGCAUCAGUGCGAGCAUAUGGUUGCUGUCUAUACGUAAGAUGUGAAACGUUAAAUGGUUUCAAGUGUGAGUUGCUUACUGCUAAAUCAAAAGCUGCUCCUCUGAAAAGCAAAUCUUUACCUCGGUUAGAGUUAUGCGCUGCAUAUUUGCUCUCCAAAUUGUGGAAUAGAAUCCGUUUAAUGUUCCAUCACAACAUCGACCAGGUAACUUUUUGGAUCGAUACAUCGAUUACACUACAUUGGAUCAAAACGCAUCCGUCAACACUUUCAACAUUCGUGGCGAACAGGGUUUCAGAGAUACAAGAAUGGUCAACUAAUAUAACAUGGCGACACGUGCAGUCACAGCACAAUCCUGCUGACAUAGUAUCCAAAGGAUGUAACGUUACUGAACUAGUCAGUUCAAUUUGGCAAGCUGGGCCUGAAUACCUGUCGCAAGAUGUUGCCAAGUGGCCAAUUAAAAUAGCGCCAAUAAUCACUUCGGAGCAAGUAUCUCUGGAAACAAGGAAAAUAAGAGCUGUGUUUAUCGUAUCGGAAGAACCCUCAAACGCAAUUUUAAAAUUAGUCGGUACUCAGUCAUCAUACAUGAAGCUAAUGCGAAUUGUUGCGUAUAUACUCCGAUUCAUAAAUCGCGCUAGGAAAUGUCAAAAAGAGAUAUCACUAAUCCUAAGUGUCAAAGAAUUAAAUGACGCUUUCUUAAAGGUCGUGGAACAGGUUCGUAGGACGGAGAGGAUUGCCAGAGCGAAUUUACUGCGACAACGCAACGAAUUUCGUGGGAGCCUGCCGAGAGCUAAAAGAACUGCAACAAACGUUCAAAGUACAGAAAGACCAGCUGGUGUCAUAUGCUGCAUAAGAAGGAAUCGAGUUUGUCUUCAUACCGCCUCGCGCACCACAUUUCGGAGGAUUGUGGGAAGCCGCCGUCAAGUCCGCGAAAUAUCUAUUACUACGAACAGCGGGCAGCGCAAUGCUUACCAACGAGGAACUGCAAACACUGGCAAUACAGGUAGAAGCUGUUCUCAAUUCAAGACCAAUCGAACCUCUCAGCCAAGAUCCAAACGACGGUCAAGCGCUAACACCAGCACACCUACUAAUAGGGGAUUCUCUGCGCACGCUGCUGCAAGAAUCAGCGCUCGACGUGCAAAACAGCGGUCUGAAUUAUGCGCAGAGAUGACGGCUGCUAUGCGAGCUCAAACGCACAUUUUGGCGGGCCUGGUCCAAGGACUAUAUCCUCACCUUGCAAACAAAAACCAAAUGGAUCUUGGAUCAGCCGAACAUAGCAGUCGACCGUCUCGUCGUUGUCCACGAAGACAAUCUUCCCCCUCACCAAUGGCUGAUCGGUAG